CUGCCUGCGGCCGGGAUGCGCUCGGAGGAGGCGCCGCAGCCGGGCGGCCUGGAGAGGUUCGCCAGCCCCGGCAAGGGCCGGGGGCUGCGGGCGCGGCGGCGCUUCGCCGUGGGCGAGCUGCUGCUGAGCUGCCCGGCCUACGUGGCCGUGCUGGCGGUCAGCGAGCGCGGCAACCACUGCGACGGCUGCUUCGCCAGGAAAGAAGGAUUGUCCAAGUGUGGAAGAUGCAAACAGGCCUUUUAUUGCAAUGUGGAAUGUCAGAAGGAAGACUGGCCAAUGCACAAGCUGGAAUGUGCCUCCAUGUGCGCUUUUGGGCAGAACUGGCAUCCCUCAGAGACUGUGAGGCUAACAGCAAGGAUCCUUGCCAAACAGAAAAUUCACCCUGAAAGAACACAGUCAGAGAAGCUGCUUGCUGUAAGAGAGUUUGAAUCCCACCUUGACAAACUAGACAAUGAAAAGAGAGAGCUGAUUCAGAACGACAUUGCUGCUCUUCAUCACUUUUACUCAAAGCACUUGGACUACCCUGACAAUGCUGCCCUUGUAGUUCUUUUUGCACAAGUUAACUGUAAUGGCUUCUCAGUUGAAGAUGAAGAACUCUCUCAUCUGGGAUCAGCCAUAUUUCCUGAUGUUGCACUGAUGAACCAUAGCUGUUGCCCAAAUGUGAUUGUGACUUACAAGGGAACCUUGGCUGAAGUCAGAGCUGUUAGAGAGAUUGAGCCUGGAGAGGAGAUUUUCAGCAGCUACAUUGAUCUGCUGUACCCCACAGAGGACAGGAAUGACCGGUUAAGAGACUCCUAUUUCUUCAGCUGUGACUGCAGAGAGUGCACUACAAAAGAAAAGGAUAAAGAGAAGCUGGGAGUCUGCAAGCUGAAUGAUCCUCCGUCAGCAGAGACAGUAAAGGACAUGAUCAAAUAUGGCAGGAACGUGAUUGAGGAAUUCAGGCGAGCCAAACACUACAAAUCCCCUAGUGAAUUACUGGAGAUCUGUGAACUCAGCCUGGACAAGAUGGGUGCAGUGUUUGAAGACAGUAAUGUUUAUAUGUUACAUAUGAUGUACCAGGCCAUGGGUAUCUGUCUCUACGUGCAGGACUGGGAAGGUGCGCUGUGUUAUGGGCAAAAAAUUAUCAGACCCUACAGUAAACAUUAUCCCUCCUACUCGCUGAAUGUUGCCUCCAUGUGGCUGAAAUUAGGGAGGCUGUACAUGGCGCUGAACAACAGGAUGGCUGGAGUUAAAGCCCUGAAGAAGGCAAUUGCUAUCAUGGAAGUAGCACAUGGGAAAGAUCAUCCAUACAUUUCAGAGAUCAAAAAGGAAUUAGAGGACCACUGAGCCUUUGAAUCUAUGCAAUCCUUCAAACCUUUAUUUAAAAAGCCUUGUUAUGGAAACCUUCAGGAGCGCUUUGAAAAGCCGUAGAGGAUGAACACAGUUCUGUCCUAUAAUUGGGAUGACAAACACACGUAGGCCUAGCUUCCACACAUCUACAAUUGCCUUUUUUUUUUUUUUUUAAGGAAGCAUCCAUGGUUUCUUAAAGGUUAUGCCUUUUGAUGGCUCAAGUGGAGAAAUGGCCAUUCUUUUCUUUAGGGGUGUUGGUGUGGAUCUUAUUUGUGUAAAGUAAAUAAAGUGGUCUUGGCCCCUCUUGAUUCCUGUUGUACACUUAAAAGGGUGCAAUAGUUUUGUGAUAUGUACUUUUGCCCAAGUAGUUUUGCUUAAUCUGACAAAUUAGCAAGA